UCGAAGAUCGGCAUGUGUGUCGCCUUGAAGUUCUAGUGGCCGUUGACGAUUAUGACUUCGUUCACUUAGAUCGCUUGACCUCGGGUAAGGCCCGAAUUUUCUCCAACGGGUGAAUAGUAUUGCAAGUACAGGGCCAUAUGGCCCUUUUGUGAUUAUGCGCGUGUUAUCAACAAGGACGAAUAUAAUCUAGCAAGCUAUGUCGAAUACUGUGUCUGUGCAGAAUGGCGUGGCCCCCAAGGCCCAGCCAGUGACAUUCAAUGCUGGGUCACGGCCCUAUCGGUCACACAAAGUGAGGGCUUGCGAUCUAUGUCGGAAACGCAAGGCUCGAUGCACGGUUGAUAUCCCAGGGCAAUCAUGCCUUCUAUGUCGGGUUCAAGGAGCCGACUGCCAUUAUCGAGAGGAAUCGAGUCAAGAUUCCUGGCCAGUGGAGCAACUGGCGGCAGGCCAGAAGCGCAAGCGCACGCCAGAAUUGACGCCCACACCACCCCAGGAUGGAAGUAGAUCUCCAUCGGACAGGAUAUACGGCCACUCUUUACUCCACAGGGAAAGUGGUCGCCAGAGUUCAUCAAGGAGUCGUGGACCUGAGGACCCGAAAAAUGAAUCGGUCCACAUUGUCGGCCCUGUCGCAGCAGAGGAUGCGCAGGUUAUUGAAAAGUUCAUGCCUCCUGAACGAUCCAACAAGUCCCCGGAAUCAAGGAAGAAUCCUUACAAUGUCUACUCUAACGACCCGCGGAAACCAAUCCUCUAUACCACCGUCUCAAGACGAAGACAGGGUAUGCGCAUGGGCAAUCCUCCGGGAGAAAAUCAGAAAGAAAUCUUGGAACAGAUCCUUGGACCCUUCAAGGAUGACCUUGUGAAAUUAUUCAUAGAAAGAUCCAAUCAGUGCUUCCCAAUCUUUGACGGGGAAGCCUUCUGGGAGUCAUACUUAUCGGGUUCCACAGAUGACCCUCCAACAACGUUGUUAUGCCAGGUUUACGCGAUGUCACUGGUAUAUUGGAAACAUACGCCGAAGCUUGCACGGCAUCCAAAACCAGACGUCCGGUAUGCGGUGAACCUCACAGUGGCGGCGCUUCAUGAAGACUUUUCAGCGCCAGGCUUGUCAACUAUCGGUGCCGCUCUGAUCGACCUCACGGGGAGACCAAUCUUUUCCAUGACUGGAAAUGCAAUUAACUGUGGUCGUACAGUCUCUCUCGCUCACUGCCUUGGACUAAACCGUGAUCCGAGCAAUUGGAAACUAUCCGCUCAAGAGAAAAAUCAACGAAUUCGGUUAUGGUGGGGAGUUGUUAUCGUUGACAGGUGGGGGAGUUUUGGGCAUGGAGUACCGCCCUCGAUCUCGAAAACCCAAUACGAUGUUCCUCUCCCGACAGUGGAUGUCCUAGUUCCGUCAAAUGACCGAAAUCCCCAACGUGUGAAGAGAGCCUAUUGUUACAUAGCAUUAUGCCGGUUGACCGAGAUCUUGGGGGAACUGCUGCCACUUGUUUAUGGCCUUCAGCCGAAAUCAGUGAAGGAAACAUCUAAAAGACUCCGGCAUAUACGAACUAAUUUAGACACAUGGGAAGAUUCUCUUCCAGACUGGCUGAAGUCUCCACAGCGAUCUGAUGCACCUGUUAGUGGUGCCUGCAGUCUACAGCUCGGCUUUCUAGCUCUGAAGAUGCUCAUCUGCAGGGUUGAACUACAUGAAAUCAACAACUCAGACACCGAAAAUCCCGAGGCUAGGAGAUAUUUCCAAACAGAAUGUCGAAAAUCCGCAGAGGAAAUUGUGCAAUUCAUCUCAUCACUACGAAAAGAGAACUUUCAAGAAUUUUGGCUACCAUAUAGCGCAUUCCACCUCACGUCAACCGCGACAUUGCUCGUCAGAUGUGCUCUGGAAACGACGGACCCUGAAGUUUCUAGGUCAUGCCUUGCCAAUGUCGAUUCCUUCCGCUCCGUGCUCCGCCGUGUGAGAGACGAAGAGGACUGGGAUGUCGCCGACAUGUGUCUCGACCAUUGCGACAAAAUUCUACACCGAGCUCCCAGCAACAACAGUCAUGCAGCUGGCAGCUCGGAUGUGCGACUCACCACUGCCGCGCCUGAACCUUCAACGGUCAACCCAGCCGCUAUAGCACUGCCAGAAACACAGACGCACAAUGAGAUUGUGGACGAUAUGAUGUCUAUCUCUGGAACAUUCGGGACUAUGGAUGGCUUCCCCUUUGAUAUGACAGGUAUCUGGGACGUAACUGGGUUUCAAGAUGCCAAUUUCACAUGAUCUCGUUUAGCCCGCUCCGGGUUUGGUGAAGCUAUUUAUUGUACCUGUCAUAUAUCCGGCCAUGCAUUUUCUGCUAUAUCUCAAGCGAGAUCUUUAUCAUAUGUGUAUUAAUUGAUCUUCUAACAUGUCUGUCUCCGAUUGAGAGCAGCGAGCUAUUUCAAGUUUCACGACAUCACCACGAAAGUUCAACCUUAGUGCUGGAGCGAAUACAAAAGAAAGCCAGGCAUCGAUGCAUUACCA